AAAAAAAAAAUUCCUUAAUUAUGUGGUUGGUAGAAACAGGAAAUUCGUAUAUCUGACAAAGUCAUAGCUUUGAUCCAAAUCACCGAAGCCAUAGGCUGAAAAGUAGCCACCAAAUCAAAAAAAUUAAAAGAAAUUAGUAAUGUAUUACUUGAAAGUUCUCGAUUAAUUAAAAAUCAACACCCCCACAAAGGUAGCCUUUUUACCUUUUAAGUUUCUUGGGCAAAAAAACUGAUUCAAUCCUUACUACACACCACAAGACUGAAGCAAAGGCAAAAUAUGUACCGAUCCGCAAGCUGGAGCCGUGUUACUGAGGAUUACUCAGUACCUUGGUCUGCGCCAAAGGGAUUAUGGAAAGGCCUAGACGAAGACGAGCCGACUACAUACGAUCCUAUGAGCCAGGAAGUGACAAAGAAAGAGAAGUCACGUGCUAAAUUUGCUGAAAACGCUGUUCACAUAAUCCCCUUUGUCCUUCUCGCUUGUGCUCUCAUCCUUUGGUUUUUCUCUAAUCCAAAUGUGGAUGUUGGGGUAAAAGAGGAAUCCAUUGCGGCUAGGAUCAAAGGAUUAACCAUUGAAGGAGACAUUGACAAUGACAGCGACGGAACACAGACCGGAUUCUUAGGCACCGCCACAGAAGUGGAAGGUUCAUAUAAGUCGAAGCUAAAACGCGACGUUAAUAAGCGUCAUCGGAGGAUACAAACUUCAAGGAAAGUGGUGAAAGGAUUUCAUUAGUAUUUUUUUGGGGUAAAAAGGAGUUCCCUACAUUAGUUAACAACUUAUAUCGAUUUUUAUUUCCUAUUUUCCCGCAUUUUGAUUGAGAUGUGUUACUUUGGUUACGUUUUGCUUUAUAUUUUCUCAAAUAAUAUCCACCAGAACUACAUUAAUGAAAAAGUCUAAUGAUAAAGAGCUAUUCCGUUGGUAUUAUUUCCUACUUAUUUUCUUUUUAACAAACGACUAUAGACUAUAAUUAUAGAAAGUCUCAACAACAACAAAAAAUCUCUACAAAAUAUUUCUGAACCUACCAAGUUUGCAAAACAGAAACGGCUGUCGAGGUCUUCUAGGAUAUAAAAGAUGCUUCUAAACACAUGUGCCAGAUCUAGAGCUUCUCUCCCCUUCACUCUUCACCAUUCAAACGUUGUCGUUUUGAUUAACGUCUUAACUUAUCUCCCACGGAUCAACCCAGAAAUAGAACACCAUUGCCAAUUAUUUAAAUCUAAACGUUGAUCACAGUUGUCUUCUGUAAAUUAAAGUAAUAUAAAUGUGUUUUUUUUUAAAAAAAAUAAGUAAUAUAAAUGUUGUAGUAUACUUUAUUGAUGCAUCUUUAAAUUUUUUAACGAUUUCGUAUCUUUCACCAUACUCCGCUGCCGACUUGCCCUUAAAAUAUUGAUCGACAAUAUUAUAGAUGUUCAUGUCACAAAAAUUAACCGUAACUAUAAUAUAUGUUUUUGCAUUUUUCAUAUCAAAAAUUUACAGCAGGAAA